UCCUUUCCAUUCUCUUCUCGUAUCACACGAUCCAUCUACACGGUCAAAAAGAAAAUCGUUUUCCUUGAGAAAAUACGGACACAGAGACAGAGAGAGGGAGAGAGAGAAGGAAAUGGGAAGCACAAAGUUUCUAUUGUUGGUGAUGGUGUUUCUCGCAGUGUGCGUGGGGACAUGCAGGCCUUGGGGUGAUGAUGUAGUUGAAGAUGGAGAGGAGGCCAAACAUUUUGCAGCAAAAGCCGUGCAUGAUGUCGAGGAAGAGACCCGCUCUUGGGCUGAUUGGGCUCAAGACAAGUUCUCCAAAAGUUUCGGGGCCGAAGAGGAUCAUGAAAAACAAGCGACUCAAAACAUGAAGUAUCAAGCUGAAGAUGCUGCUUCAAGGGCCACGGAGAGAGUGAAAUCUGCAGCAUCAGGAGCCUCGGACUAUGCUUCUCAAAAGGCUACGGAUGCUAAGGAAGCAGUUUCAGGUGCUAAGGUCAUCAAAAUGCCAACAGAUAGCAUUAACAAUGCAAAACACACAAUGGGAGAUACCUACGAGGAUGCUAAGCAAAAAAUGAACACAGCUUCAGAUAAGGCUUCAAGUAUGGCUCACAAUGCCAAAGAUAACACGGCUGAGUCCAUGGAAUAUGGAAAAGAUAUAGCAGCCAAUGCCUAUGACCAGGGUAAGCAAAAAAUAAACAUUGCUUCAGAUACAGCAUCAGAGAAAUUCUAUGAUGCCAAGGACAAGGCAAGUGAUGUUAGGCAUAAAGUGAAAGGAGCCAUGGGUUGUGGAGGAGAUAAGGCCAAUAAUGAUGCUAAAAAUAACAUGGGCGUGAAAAUGGAACAUGGAAGGGACAAAGUAGCCGAAACUUUUGACCAGGCUAAACGUGAAGUGGGUGAAGCAUAUGUAUCAGCAAAGAAUACCAUGACUGAAGAGGCCAAAGCUAAGUACGAGGCUGCAAAGGAGAAGGCUUCGGAUGCAACAGGUGAUUUAGGAGCUAAGAUGAGGAACACCCCAAACGUAUAAGCGCAUGGUUAGUUUACCGCUUAUUCUUAACUAUGACAACCUCUAUUAGUUUUUAGCUCUAGUUUCCACAAGUUAUCGUUUAUAUUGUGCUUUAAUCUCUUGUAAUGUGUUAGUCUUUUACACGUUCUUGUAUGCUUUUCUCUUUAAUAGAGAUGCAAAAAAUACUUGUUAGACAUUAUGAAAAAGUCAUUACGUACAAAUCUAUUCUCCAUAAUGAUAGGAGAGAGCCUGAAAGGUCCCACGGUUAGGUUCUUCUAUGAUCUAUCACGAUGCCAGGUAGAUUCAUAUACAGGGUGCUGCCCCAUAAUGUUGUAGGGACUUUGCAGCUUAUAUAUAGUAGGCUAUAUGUAUGUGUAAUUAUAACAUUUUGCAGUUAGUGGAUCCUCUCACGAUUGGUAUAAA